UAUCGUCAUAAUCUCCUUCAUCAUCCUGCCGCUUAUUAAAUUUCCCGGUCUGCCACACCUGUCCCCGCGCCCGCAUCGUUGACACUCUGCCUUCUCUGCCAUAAUAUUAGCUUUUUUAUUCCAUCAACAGUAUUAGCUGUAAUUACUCCGACCCCACUGUCCUCCAUUCCGUCACACUCCGCUACUCCGUCGCAAUGGUUAAGCCCCCAAACCUAUACGCUUUCGCCGACCCGGAAGACCUCGCCAGAAAUCUCCGGUCGUUCGUAUUGGACGCUCAAAACGUUGCCAUAGAGAGACACGAGGUUUUUCGCGUUGGUGUAUCUGGUGGCUCACUGCCCAAAGUCCUCGCCAAAGCCCUUUUGCAAAGUAAGAGCAGCAGUCCGACCGAUCAGGUCCAAUUUGCGAAAUGGCGCAUCUUCUUCGCAGAUGAGCGUGCUGUUCCACUCGACCACGAGGACAGCAACUAUAAACUCCUAAAGGACGAGUUGUUGGAUAAGAUUCCAGAAGAGAUGGGAAAGCCGACUGUUUUCCCGAUUGACGUGGAAUACCUGGACGACACUCAAGAAAUGGCGGAUCAAUACGAAAAGACUCUGGUCAAGGAAUUCGCGUCGCGUGACAGUGUCAAGCUACCCAUGUUUGACCUCCUCCUGCUUGGAUGCGGUCCUGAUGGCCACACCUGCAGCUUGUUCCCAGGCUCGCCACUGCUCCGCGAGACUGAUGCUUGGGUUCUGCCUAUCGAUAAUUCUCCCAAACCCCCACCGAAGCGCAUCACAAUCUCCCUUCCCGUGGCAACUCACGGAAUCAAGAUUGCCUUUGUGGCCACUGGUGGCGGCAAGAAGGAGAUCAUGAGGCAGAUUUUCGAUACGGAGGAGGGCCACUCGUUACCGUCUGGUCUCGUCAACUCCUUUGGUCAAGACCGGGUCUCCUGGUUCACAGACUCGCCAGCCGUGGAUGGUGUCCAGUUUCCAAGCAGGAGAGGAAGCCUAUGAGCUCAGAAUUGCACAAUAAGUACCCAUUCAAGCAAUGUGGCGCUCGAUUGGCAGAGUCGGGCAUCACAACGGGAUUUAUCUGUCUUAUUUUGCCAACUCGAUACCCAUCGUUUGAGCCUGCCAGCACGUAGGCUUUUCUACGGCACCUGGUGUGGCUGCUUGGUUCAUCCCGUCUCAUUUAGAUAACGCCCCUUGCAUAUCAAUGAUAAACGGUCCAAUUAAUGAUGAAAACGAGUUUACGUAUUUGCUGCACGACCUGCCGUGGAUCUUCGUUUAGCUUGUAUCAAGACGACAUCGUACGAUCUCACUGACUCGUGUUUUGUCUCAUCUUAAAGUCUCUUAUUCACGCGUGG